GAAAGUUCCUACCCUACUUAGACUCAUAUGGCAGUACUCAAAUUAGUACCAAUUGGAUGCUAUCUCAGCAACGGCAACCCGUUUGUCACCACAACUUCCUUUUCCUCAGAGCAUAUGUCAAAAGAGGACUUGAAAAAUGGCUGCUCAUAAGUCGUUCCGAAUUAAACAAAAGUUGGCGAAAAAGCUAAAACAGAAUCGUUCGGUCCCGCAAUGGAUCCGGCUACGUACUGGAAAUACCAUCAGAUAUAACGCCAAGAGGCGUCACUGGAGACGCACCAAGCUAAAGUUGUAAGAACUUUGGCUGAGGACUUUUGGAUGUAUUACAAUUUAUGCAUUGUAUGCGUAUUUGAGGUGUUUAAAAAUAAAAUGAUGGAUUUUAAAAUCUA